AUGGAUAAUUGUUAAGACCUUUUGUCUCUUCAAUAAAAAAUAAAAAACAUUAUGAAAUUACUUUAAAAACGAUUAUCCUUAUUCUGUAAUAAUUAAUUAUUAAAGUGGGGUAAUAACGAUAUAUAAAAUUAUUUUAACAAACUCACCUUUUCUUAAUAAUUAACGAUUAUUUUUGGAAUCAUCUCCCAUUUGGAAAGAAACUUCAUAAUGUUGAUGAAAAUUUACAAUUAAAAAAUAUAUAUCUUAUUGAUGGAAGGUUUUCUUUUAUUCAUGUGUAGAUUUAAAUGUAAAUCAUACAACCUAAACCAUAAAGAUGAAAACUUUAAGAAAGAAAUUUUAAUAAAUCAGAAUAAAAAAGGAAUGAUUCUAAUCCUGUUAUUGAAGUAAUUCAAUAUUAGCUAAAAGGAUGAAUAAAGAUAAAAAGACUCAUGA